CCUAUAUAAGUAUCAAAAUAUACACACAUAUAACUAUAUAAGUUUAUAAUAUAGUGAGUGCAUUACAACUUUUGGGAUCUUUUUUUCGUUGGGCAAAUACAACUUUUGGGAUCUAUAAAAAGGUACUGGUGCAUGAGCUUGGGAAGCCAACUUAGUGAAUAUACCGCUCCAACUUACUAAGAUAAACACUCUCAUUCUAAAAUGUCUCUUCCAUAUACAAUUCUCAUUCUAUUUAUAUUUUCAACAUCUUCAUCUUAUUUGAUCCCCCUCGCACACUCCAAAAUCGCUAGACUUGGGAUUUCCUCAAAAACGCUAAAGAAUGAACCUGAUGGAUCAACGCAAAAAGUAGAUGAAUCUAAUCUUAAAAUGUACUACUUUAAUCAGACACUCGAUCACUUCACAUUCACACCGGAAAGCUACAUGACUUUUCAACAAAGAUACGCCAUUGAUUCCACGCACUGGGGUGGUGCUAAAGCCAACGCGCCAAUCUUAGCAUUUCUUGGAGAAGAAUCGUCGUUAGACUCUGAUUUGGCUGCCAUCGGUUUUCUUCGUGACAACGGUCCUCGCCUAAAUGCGCUCCUCGUCUACAUAGAGCAUAGGUAUUAUGGGGAGACGAUGCCAUUUGGAUCAGCAGAAGAAGCACUAAAGAACGCAAGUACGUUGGGGUAUUUGAACGCAGCACAAGCCCUAGCAGACUAUGCCGCGAUUCUCUUGCACGUUAAGGAGAAGUACUCCACCAAUCACAGCCCUAUCAUUGUAAUUGGAGGAUCCUAUGGUGGAAUGUUAGCGGCAUGGUUCAGGCUAAAAUAUCCACACAUAGCACUCGGAGCAUUAGCAUCUUCAGCUCCUCUUCUCUACUUUGAAGAUACUCGUCCUAAAUUUGGUUAUUAUUAUAUUGUAACCAAAGUUUUCAAGGAAGCAAGUGAAAGAUGUUAUAAUACAAUCCGUAAUUCUUGGAUAGAAAUCGAUAGAGUUGCUGGCAAACCCAAUGGUCUCUCGAUCCUUAGCAAACAAUUCAAAACUUGCGCUCCAUUGAACGGAAGCUUCGAUAUCAAAGACUUUUUGGACACAAUAUAUGCCGAAGCUGUUCAAUACAACCGAGGUCCGAAUUUUUGGGUGGCCAAAGUGUGCAACGCAAUCAACGCCAAUCCACCAAACCGUAGAUACAAUUUACUCGACCGGAUUUUUGCUGGUGUUGUCGCUUUAGUAGGCAACCGAACUUGCUAUGAUACAAAAAUGUUUGCGCAGCCAACAAACAAUAACAUCGCAUGGAGAUGGCAGAGCUGCAGCGAGAUAGUGAUGCCCGUGGGAUAUGACAAACAAGAUACAAUGUUCCCAACGGCACCAUUUAACAUGACCAGUUACAUUGAUGGAUGUAAGUCUUAUCAUGGUGUCACUCCUAGACCACAUUGGAUCACAACUUAUUUCGGCAUUCAGGUAUAUAUGAUUAAUCAAAUAUCGUUCAGAAACACUUUUAAAUUAAAUCUUCAUAGUUCCUUGUAUUUACUGUCUCUAGUUUUAAUCAUAACUAGAUUAUAUGACCCGUGCUUCACCCGGGUUGAAUAUUUGAUUAUUGGCUACAAGAUCUUUUUUGGGAUUUUUCUUGAGUUUCUUGAUUUUCUAUGCGUACUCCUUGAAUUCUUCCUACACCAUCAAAUUGUUGUUCGAAUCUUUCUCGGACUGUAUCACCAAGUUUGAUGAAGCUCUUUCUUUUAUCGAAGGUCUUCAAUUUAGGUCAUUAGAUUUAUUGUUUUCUUUUCAAGAUUUCCCUUUUACACAUCUACAAUACCAUUAAAUACCGCUAAAUUAAAUUGCAAACUAUUGAUUUUAUUUUCUAAGGAAUAUAUUACAAAUACGAAUUUAAAUAGUAGUUAAUAGUUUCUAUAAAAUCAAAACAAAUAUUGGUGGCAUAUUUUGAAAUUAAUGAAGCACGAAUAUUCGAUGAAUCGCAUAUGCUUAAAUUGUGCUAAGACUGAUUUAAUUAUUGUUAGUUGAGAUUAAAUAUGAUUCGUGAGAGAUUUUCUAAUAUUUAGAAAAGCAUAUAAUUGGCAAUAACGGAAAAAAUUAAUUGAACUAAUUAAUAUGAAACUAGAUUUGUAAGGUUUUGUUAAGACAAUAUUUAUUUUGAGAUAGUAUUUGUAGAGACUAAAAACUAAUUAAUAUUUAGUUUAAGGAUUUUUCAACCCAAAAUCCUUACAAAAAAUGUAUAUAUAGAUUGAAUUUUUUCUAAUUUUACAUAUGUUUUGCUUACAUUUUGCUUAUUUUUUGUAAAGUUUUUUAAAAUUUCAUGAUUUAGAACAACAAAAUCAACGUACUAAUAGAAUUGUAAAAAUAAUUCAGAGUUGUGUUGAUUUUCUAUAUGUAAUAGUUUGAUGAAAAUAAUUAGCUAGAACUUAUUAUGAACUAUUUAAUGCAGGAGGUCAAGUUAAUCCUCCAAAAAUUUGGAAGCAACAUCAUUUUCUCUAAUGGAUUGUCUGAUCCUUAUAGCGUUGGCGGGUAAAUAAAUCUAAUAAUUUGUUCAUACAUGUUUAAAUAUGAUAUUGGUGUAUCAAUGUAUUGAAGGUUUUAUGGGAAUUAUUUUGAUAUUGUUCUAGAGUUUUGGAGGAUAUUUCAGAUACUUUAGUUGCCAUUACGACAAAAAAUGGUAACUUCGUAAAUUUUCAGUUUUAGUUAAACAUUUGAUCCAACAUAUAGUUUAUGGAGAUGAUGAUGAACUCUCUCAAAAUUUGAAUGGAAAGUUAAUAUAUGAGCAGGUUCACAUUGUCUAGAUAUCACCUUGAAGAGCAAAGAAGAUCCGGAGUGGCUAGUGAUUCAAAGAGAGAAAGAGAUUAAAGUUAUUGAUUCUUGGAUUUCAACUUAUCAAAAUGAUCUAAGAGAUCUUAACAUGCCAGUCUAGGUUCAUAAGUUAUAUAAAAUUUAUAUUAUAUAAGACGAUGGUAUCCGCAUCCGGUUUCACUCACGACCUUAAAUUGGAGCUCUAUCACUUUUUGUGUGUUUCAACACUCUCAUUCUAAUCUCUCAAAACAUUAAGCUAAAAGAUGCAUUUAUUGUACCAAAGGUUUUUGUUUGAAUAAAAUUUUACAUUUAUUAAAAACAAAUUGGUAUUUUUGAUUGGUUGAGUGAUCUAUGACAUCUAUAUAAAACCAAGUAUUUAGUGAGAUUGGGCUAGAGUUUUGGAC